CCUUCCACUCCCUCUCAUGGUGUUGGAGGCAAGUUUUUAAUCCAGGUGGAUUAUGGCACAAAUUGUGCUACUGUGGACGUAAACGGCUACAAAAUCCAUGCUGACACAUUCUUUUUUUUUGUCUUCCUAAACAUCUGAAGAAAUUGUUUCAAAUGUUGGGUCUGAAGAGGAAGAACAUGGAUGAACGUGGAUCAGAUCCAGCCAAAUCCUCUGUUUUCAUGGAAUGUUCUCUUUGACAGAAACCUUCAAAGCUUCUUGCACUGAAACGUUGGUGAAUCUUCUCAAACACUUGCACAGGUUAGUGUCAUCCAGAUCUUAUGGAAAUGUUCCUGAGCAGGAUCAGAAGCUAAAUGAGAAGGUGAGGUUGUGCAGCAAGAUGAGUUUAUCCUGAGGUGACCGAGAGGACUCAGAAUCCAGUCCAAACCAUUUCUGAACUUUAAACACACCUUCCAAACUUGUAAAAGGCCACGAUUUGAAGCAGCACUGUGAGGACCUGAAGACCUGAGGCUGAGCUGGAGGCAGGAUGGAGGACGGGAGGCUGCACAUGAGAAGGCUGCUGAGGAUUCUGGGACUCUGCUGCCUUUGGACUCUAGCUCGGGCUCAGAUGAAGAUCCCACCUGAGACGGUUCAGGUUUGGGCAUCCGUUUUCUCUGUUGAGCUUCAGCAACUCUCCACUAAAUACUCCGGAUCUUUGCUGCUCCAGAAGAAACUGAAGGAUGUGGAGUCCAUUGUGAAGAUUGUGGAGCUGGACGGUGAAGACUUAGUGAAGGAUUAUUCCAAAGACAUCGAACGAAUGUUGGGAAGCAAAAUGAAGUCAGUGAAGAGGUUAGCCGAGUCUGCGGAAGACGCGGAUUUGUACCAUGAAUUCAACGCUUCCUUACAGUUUGAGUACUACAACUCCAUGCUGAUAAACACCAUGGAAGAGGACGGAAACUACUUGGCUCUGGGCGGAGAGUUUCCCCUCGAGGAAAACGAACACUUCAACAACCUGCCCGUCAACACACAGCAAAGCGACAUCCAGGUUCCCACCAAUGUUUACAACAAAGAUCCUGACAUCCUCAAUGCCAUCUACAACUCAGAGGCUUUAAAUGACGUCUUCAUCAACAACUUCCAAAAGGAUCCAACGCUCACCUGGCAGUACUUCGGCAGCUCGACCGGUUUCUUUAGGAUCUACCCUGGUAUUAAAUGGAUUCCAGACUCCAACGGUGUGGCCACGUUUGACUGCAGGAACAGAAACUGGUACAUUCAGGCCGCCACGUCUCCAAAGGACAUCAUCAUCAUGUUGGACGUGAGCGGCAGCAUGAAAGGCCUGAAGAUGACCAUCGCUAAGCACACCAUCAACACCAUCCUGGACACGCUGGGAGAAAACGACUUUGUCAACGUCAUUGCAUACACGGACUACGUGCGCUACGUGGAGCCGUGUUUCAAGGGAACUCUGGUUCAGGCCGACUUGGAUAACAGGGAGCACUUUAAGAUCCUGGUGGACGAGCUGCACGUCAAAGGAGAAGCAAAGCUGAAGAAUGCCAUGAAAGAGUCCUUCAAGAUCCUCAACGAGGCGAGGAUAAACGGUCAGGGCAGCAUGUGUAACCAGGCCAUCAUGCUGAUCACUGACGGAGCCAUGGAGGACUUUGAGUCUGUCUUUGAAGAAUUCAACUGGCCUGAGCGCAGGGUUCGAGUCUUUACCUACUUGAUUGGCAGAGAAAUGACCUUUGCCCAGAACAUGAAGUGGAUCGCCUGUAACAACAAAGGGUACUACACACACAUCUCCACGCUGGCGGAUGUUCAGGAGAACGUCAUGGAGUAUCUGCACGUGCUCAGUCGGCCGAUGGUCAUCAACCAUGACCAUGACAUAAUUUGGACUGAAGCCUACAUGGACACUGUGCUCCCAAACACUAAAGAGCUGUUUAACACCAAAGCCCAGAGUCUCCUCCUGAUGACCUCGGUGGCCAUGCCGGUGUUCAGCAAGAAGAAGGAGACGCUGUCCCAUGGGAUCCUGCUGGGUGUGGUCGGAUCCGACAUUCCACUGAGGGAAGUGAUGAAGCUGGCGCCGAGAUACAUCCUUGGAGCACACGGCUACGCCUUCCUCAUCACUAACAAUGGAUACAUUCUGGCCCAUCCUGACCUUCGACCUUUGUAUAAAGACGGAAAGAAACUGAAGCUAAAGCCAAACUACAACAGUGUGGAUCUGUCCGAGGUGGAGUGGGAGGAUGCGGACGAGAAGCUGAGGACGGCCAUGGUGAAGGGCGAGACGGGCAGCCUGACGCUCAAUGUCCGAGCGUCCGUGGACGAAGGGAAACGACCUCUCUUCCUCGUCCAUGACUAUUUCUACACAAAUAUUGAUGACACACCUUUCAGUUUUGGGAUGGUGCUGACACGGGAUCACGGCCAGCUGAUGUUCAUGGGAAACGUGUCUGUGGAGGAAGGCUUGCAUGACCUCACGUCUCCGGACCUGACAAUCGCCUCUGAGUGGACGUACUGCGAGACGGAUAUUGACCCCGCCCAUCGUAAAUACACUCAGCUUGAGGCUGCCGUCCGCUACCUGCUGGGAAAAGAACUGGACCUGGAGUGUGAUGAGUUGUUGCUUCAGCAGACGCUAUUUGACGCUGUGGUCACGGCGCCGCUGGAAGCGUACUGGAACACGCUGAUGCUCGACGACGGGGUGGAGGAGGGCGUUGAAACGGCGUUCCUCGGUACUCGAGCCGGACUGAUGCGGGUCAUGAGAUACACAGGAGCAGAAUCUAGAGUGGCAAAAAGGUUUUUGACUCCAGCUGACAAAGACAACCUGUUUACCAUCGAUCACUUCCCGCUGUGGUACCGCUUGGCAGUGGAAAACACGCCCGGACGUUUCUACUACUAUCCCAUCAGCGAGAAAGGAGUGAAAUAUGUCAUAGCAACGACAGCCGUGACUGUGUCCUCUGAAGGAAAGACGGCCAUGGCUGGAGCCAUCGGGCUGCAGAUGUCCGUUGACCUGCUGGAGAAGAGACUGUGGUCCAUCACCAUUCAGCCCAGCGACACAGAUUGCUCAAACAUCGAUGGUGUCUGUCCUCUGAGCUGUGACAGUGCGGACCUGAACUGUUUCCUGGUCGAUAACAACGGUUUUAUCGUCUUAUCAAAGGAGAGGGAUGAGGUCGGACGUUUCUUCGGGCAGGUGGACGGUUCCGUCAUGGCGUCACUGAUGAAGAUGGGAAUGUUCAGGAAGGUUUCAUUGUUCGAUUAUCAGGGGAUGUGUAAGAACAAUCAUCAUCACGCCAGCGACGCUCAACCUUUGAUCACUCCGUUCUACAGCAUGGUCACGCUAUUACGGUGGUUCUUCUACAACAUUCUGAUGUUCCUCCUGGACUUUAACCUUUGCGGUCUUUGGCACUCGGAUUUGGUGGUCGACGCCAAAGCGAAUUAUCACACAAGUCACAAACAGAAGAAGGUGGAGCCUCUGCAGCCAUGUGACACAGCCUAUCCUGGAUUCAUGUACGACUCCACAGUCCAAGAGGCCAACAGCCUGAUCAAGUGUGGACGCUGUCAGAAGAUGUUCGUGGUGCAGCAGGUUCCUGACAGUAACCUGGUUCUGGUCGUGACUCAGGCCGACUGUGACUGUUCCCGUCAGUAUGGACCCAUCCUGCUCCAACCCAAAGAGAUGAAAUAUAACGCCACAGUCAAAUGCAACAGGAUGAAGUCACAGAAAGUGAGACGUCGGCCGGAGUCCUGCCACGCCUACCACCCCAAGGAAGACGCGAAGGAAUGUGGCAGCGCGGCGACCAUGUUUUUGUCACGCAGUCUUUUCUCCGCCUCCGCUGUCAUCUCAUUGGUUCUCCAUAGAGCUGCACCAAUCAGGAUCUUCUGAGGAGCUGUAGACAGACGGGCAGCAGAAAGGACCAAAAAGGUUUUUCUUCUUCUCUUGCGGUCAGUCUGCCGCAGGGACUUCAAGGGCUAAAAGGAUUUAAACCACCUCCACAAACCAGACUGGACUGUGGCGCCUCCUACUGGACAGAGCAGUCAGCCUUCAGCACAAUGUAGCAUUUUGGUGGAAUUAU